AAGACUGCAGUGAGUGCUCCGUACUGCUGGGACCAGCGUAGGCAGGCGGAGGAGUUGGAGCCAGAGACAGCGAGUUACCCAACCGUGCGCAGGCAGGACGCGGACCAUCCCGGAACUCGGCUUUAACAUGUUUCCGUCUUUGUGGCAUGAUCAUGCAGCUAGGCCUAACUCUGGUGGUGGGGUUAACCCUGUGCUUGGUGCAUGGCCAGGCUUUGCUGCAGGUUCCUGAGCAUCCCUUUUCUGUGCUAUGGAAUGUACCCUCCGCCAGAUGUAAGGCCCACUUUGGUGUGCAUCUGCCUCUCGAUGCCCUUGGCAUCAUAGCCAACCAUGGCCAGCAUUUUCAUGGCCAAAACAUCUCCAUCUUCUACAAGAAUCAGUUUGGUCUUUAUCCUUACUUUGGACCUAGAGGCACAGCCCACAAUGGGGGAAUCCCUCAGGCUGUGUCCCUAGACCACCACUUGGCACAAGCUGCCCACCAGAUCCUCCACAGCCUAGGAUCUAGCUUUGCUGGGUUGGCAGUGCUGGACUGGGAAGAAUGGUACCCACUCUGGGCUGGGAACUGGGGCCCUCAUCGACAAGUCUACCGGGCAGCCUCCUGGGCUUGGGCACAGCAGAUGUUCCCUGGCUUGGACCCUCAGGAACAGCUCCACAAAGCCCACACUGGCUUUGAGCAGGCUGCCCGUGCACUCAUGGAAGACACACUGCAGCUGGGCCAGACUCUUCGCCCGAGUGGGCUCUGGGGCUUUUAUCGAUACCCAGUCUGUGGCAAUGGCUGGCAUAAAAUGGCUUCCAACUACACAGGCCACUGCCAUGCAGCCAUCAUCACCAGAAACACCCAACUGCGUUGGCUCUGGGCUGCCUCCAGUGCUCUCUUCCCUAGCAUCUACCUGCCACCCAGACUGCCACGUGCCUACCGUCAGGCCUUUGUACGGCACCGCCUGGAGGAGGCCUUCCGAGUAGCACUUGCUGGGCAUUCACAUCCUCUACCUGUUCUGGCUUAUGCUCGCCUCACACACAGGCGCUCUGGGAGAUUCUUGUCUCUGGACGACCUGAUGCAGACUAUUGGUGUGAGUGCGGCACUGGGAACAGCUGGAGUGGUCAUCUGGGGGGACCUGAACUUCUCCAGCUCUAAGGAAGAGUGCUGGCAUCUCCAUGACUACCUAGUGGGCACUUUAGGCCCCUAUGUCAUCAAUGUGACCAAGGCUGCCACGGUCUGCAGUCACCAGCGAUGUCAUGGCCAUGGUCGGUGUGCCCGGAAAGACCCGGGACAAAUGGAAGCCUUUCUACAUCUACAGCCAGAUGACAGUCUUGGAGAUUGGAAGGCCUUCAGAUGCCAUUGUUACCCGGGCUGGGCUGGCCCUACCUGCCUGGAGCCUAAACCCUGAGCCCAAGGAAACAACAUAGAGUCAGGAGUUCCUGCCUUUGCUUCUUGACCCUGUUGCCACUUUCCCAGUCCUAGAGAAAUUCCUAGAGAAAUUUGUUGUUGUUGUUUUGUUUUGUUUUGUUUUUCAGAGAGGGUUUCUCUGUGUAGUCCUGGCUGUCCUGGAACUCACUCUGUAGACCAGGCUGGCUUCAAACUCAGAAAUCUUCCUACUUCUGCCUCCCAAGUGCUGGGAUUAAAGGUGUGCACCACCACUGCCCAGCAGCUGUUUAUGCUUUGUUUAGCUUAUGGAACUUUUCCAAGUACACAUCCCACUUCCACUAAUACACCUUCCAUAGCAAUUCCUGAGGACUAGAUAGGGCUAAUAAAAAUAUAAAACCAACCUCAGAGCCCUAUGAGAUCAUCUGACUUGAAGCAAUAACGAAGCUUCAGUGUCAGCUACAGGCACUUUUAAGGUGACUAGCCUAGGGCUUUGUUCUUAUACCACAGCGUAUCUACAGAGAAGUAAUAUCUUGGGGCAGACAACCCCUACACUUCUGCCGACACACACAUCCCAAAACAUUAAGCUAAAGUCUGUUAAAUGCUAAGCUAUGAUCUGUAUUCUCAUUCAUAAAGUCACUCUUUCAUUAC